CGGCAGGAGAGGAACAAGACGAACAAGACGAACAAGACGAACAGGUAAAUAUCGGUAUUGGCAGAAGCAUCCUCUAGUACAGAAGGGCUCAACUUAUCUCCUACUACUUUCUCUUCCCUAACCAGCUAUUCCGAUACACCAAUAACCAACAUUUACAAUUUCAAACCAACGACGAGGGGCAAUGAACACUACCGCCAUCGCGCUCUCCAUAUAUAUAUAGACCCAUAGUUGCUCGUGAGCCAUUCGCACAAAUCCCCAGGCCUUGUGGCUAGUUUCCUCUCAAUGGAGUCCCUCAAAGCAGUGUUUUUCGGCCCCGACCCCGCCGCCCAGAUGAGAAAAUGCAACAGUCUCAUCCGCGCCAACGCCCGCAAGCUGGAUCGGGACAUUGCCCAACUUAAAGCCCUCGAAAUCAAAACGAAACAAUAUAUUGUCGCCGCCUCGCGACGGGCAGAACGCAACCCAUCCCAGGCCGCGCAGGCCGCCAAGGAGUCCCGCAUAUUCGCCCGCGAGAUGAUCCGCAUCCGGAAACAGAGCAGCCGGCUGACAACGAGUAAGGCACAGCUAGAGAGCGUGAAAAUGCAGGUCAACGAAGCGUUCUCUGUGCGGAAGAUUGAGGGGAGUCUCAGGGCUUCGACGGGGAUCAUGAAGAAUGUCAAUCAUCUCGUGCGGUUACCGGAGCUUGCAGGCACUAUGCAACAGUUGAGCAUGGAACUGGUCAAGGCUGGUAUAAUCGAAGAACUCGUCGACGACAUGAUCCCGCAAGAACAGUUAUUAGAAGGCGAAGAGGAAGAGGCAGAUUCUGAAGUUGACAAGGUCCUUCAAGAAAUUCUACAGGGCAAACUGGCGAAAGUGGAAGGGCUCAAGCCGGAAAACCAGGUAGAAGAGGAGCCGGUGGAGGAAGAAUUCGAGGACCAGGAAGAGACGCUUGCUCAGAUGAGAGGGCGACUGGAGGCGUUAAAGAGUUGAGACGGAUAUUACCUUAUAUACUUUGACUUGAUCGUUUCCCGAUUAUUUAUUUGAGCAUGUCGCAGUGAGAGUAUGAUUAUAGCUUUCCCCUGGGCGUUUUGGCUGGCGGUUAUUUACUACUCUGGUAUAAUUAUAACGGCAUAGAUGACAGUUAUGACUCAGAUGUUUCAAUGUUGAUAUUCCCACUGGUAUAUUUAUGUUGAUACGCCUUAUCCAUACUUUACACCCAUCCGCUUGAAUUCUACGCUGAAGGGUAUCGUAUCGCAGACUCAUUUUUAUGUCCGCGCUACCUUCGGAUUAGGAGUUGUUCCGAUGCCCUAAGCCCUAGUCGCUACAUCCUCGCACUGCGGUGCAGAUUAUGUACAUACAUACAUACUGUGCGUACAUGCUUCACCAUGGCCGGUUCAACCAUACGGCCUCUUAGUCCCUGUGGCUGUGAAGUCCACCAGGUUCUUCAACUGCAUGGCCUGUUUGAUCUCAUGGCUGUCAAGUCCACAGAUCUACAUUCUUUGAGUCUUACAAAAGUGAAUGCUUAGAAAGCCUAACCGAAAAGUUUUACAUAGAAUUGUCAUCUAUUUAGUUCCAGGCUCUACAGGCAUCAUCUUGAGAAAGGACCUUCCAAUCUGCAGCUUUCUACCGGCAAAACAAGAGAGCCAAGUCGGCCAGCCAUGGUGGAGUUAUGGAGUCCCCGAGGGGUCGCCCGUCUACCGUCUUUCAUUCUAGUCGCUUGUCUUUCAGCUUUCUUCCAGCCUUGGCGUCUUGGAGAGAUUUUCGUGACAUUUCACUGGGGGCCUUAAGCCAUGGAAUUCAGGCUGAUGAUAAUGAAAAGCACUUCUCCUUCCCUCAAUUAAUCAUAUUUGCAUCACAUGAUCUAAUAGCACCACCAAUAACUGCCGGUCCCCUUCACCAGUUGUUGAAAGUGUCCUUCUGGGUAGGAAAUGGAAGGGCAAAAAAAGGCCCAAAUGCAUACCGCGAGGAAAGCAUGACAGGCGUCAUCAGACAGCGUAAAGCGAGGCAGAUAACUUACCUAUGGAGGCGGUCGUCGGAGCAUUGAAAUCUCACUGGGAGGGCAACGGUUUCAGUCAGCGCUCCGGCUGCAUCCCAGAGGAUUAGACGUUGACUGAUAGAGGACGCGCAGGCGGCGUAGACGAUGCGCCCAACGCCCCAGUUGUACUCUCAUCGAUACCCCGGAUUAACCUCCCGUGCAACUGCGGAAGCGUGACCUCGAAGAAAGGCGGACGAAAGACUUACUGAAUAAAUUAGCAAUGAAAUUGUCAUAGCGCAGGGCAUGGUUGGCAGCUAGAGACACCCCGGAAUAAUGUAGGUUUGACCUGCAACCAGACCUCAACUAUCACCCAUUCAGGGGCUAGGCCACUGCAUCGAGCCAAGGCUUAGCAAGUAAAUCCAUCGUUGUCUUCCUCUCUUUCGGAUCAAUCUUCAUGAGCGAUCUUAAGAACAUAAUAAAUAUCUUUUUGUUUUCCCCAUUCAAUUCCCCGAGAAAUGCCUCCGAUUCCAGCCCCGGACGGUUGAGUGGAGGCAAAUUUUUUAUCCUUUCCUCACUGUCAAAGUAUCCUUGGACAAGCUCUUGGUCACCUUUUUGCAGAAAUGAUCUUGGAAAUGGCCCAAAUAAAUCCACAAUUUCAUGGAGGUGGAACCGAACCUUGUAAUAACCAUAUGGUGGACCUCUCCUACUAAACAUGUGUACAGCGCGGAACACUUCCAAACAACAGCUCCUAAAUUCCAGAGAUCGGCAGCUGGGCCCCAGGGAGCUCUGAUGAGUACUUCUGGAGCUCAAAGAGCUACAGGCUGAAUUAGCUCGGAAAGGUGAGAAUCAGUCCAACUAGCGACACCCCAGUCACCCAAUGCAAUAUUAAACUUCAUGAGAUUUGCUCCCUUCCGGAAGUAAUCCCACUUAAGAGGCUGAGACCGGAUGGUUGAGGGAUCAGUUGACGUGUCAAAGUCUGCCAGAUCAGCAGGGUUAUUUGGCAGGUAUAGUUCUGAAAUUAGCGAAUAAUCCUGGAUCUGGAAGAAAAAUGUUAUCAGGUUUGAUGUCUGGGUGAAGUGGUUAGCAGGUGGGUAGAUAAUAAUAGUAGAAGGCAAAUGGAAGAUUUACCAGUGUGAAUGACACCACAAUCAUGAGCAUAAUCCAGCACCAGGAGGAGCUGGAUAGUGAAAGGCCGCAUAAUGUUGUUGGGAAUCAUUUGGUCUUCAAACCAGGUUUCAAAGCUCCGGAGCAUCUCGCCCAUAACCGGGAAGACAAGUCAGAUAUGGUAUCCAUUUGGACCUAUGUGUCCUUUUCACCCCCAUAACACUCCGCACUCAAAACUUUUAAUCCCCUAAGAUUUCCUCUGAAUAUGGCUGUUAUUUACUGUAUGCUUGCUGGCUGGAUGGAGGGAACCGAUCUUGUACUUUGAACAAGCCACACCGUU